AUGGAAGAUUCACUUGGCUUACCUACCUAUAGUCAGCUUAUUUAUGGUAUGAUGAAUGAAACACCUAAUUCACUUGUUACAACAACAAAAACAAUUGAGAAAAUAAAUGAUAUAACUAGCACUGAUAGAUCAAUCAAAGGUGAUGUAAGAUUGUCUGGAAAUGGUGCACGUUACAAAUAUAGUGGAAAAGCAUGGAAUCGUCUAUGUUCAAUAUCAACUUGUGACAAAUAUAUUCAAUCAAAUGGUUUAAAUUUAUGCGGUACACAUUUUACAGAACGUAAAAAAACUGUUGUUACUCAAUCACCACCAUCUUCCAAAUAUCGUUCUCAUACACAACGACAAGAAAAACGAAAAAGAUCCAAUUCAUCUAAUCACCUAAUGAUCCGUAGUGAAAAACAAAAUGAAGAUGAAGAAGAAGAAUAUUAUCCAAAAUCAAAUCGUUCUAAAAAGGCAAUAAUCGAACAUCGUAAUUAUGAACCAUUGAAAGAAUGGUAUGAAAAACAUAUUACAAAUCCAUAUCCAACAUCGAAUGAAAAAAAAAUACUGGCCAAAAAAGCAAAUAUGACAAGUACACAAGUUGGCAAUUGGUUUAGUUUUGAACGUUAUAAAGAAAAGAGCAAUAAAACUCAAGCAACAUCAUUGAUCAAUCGUCGUGUAGGAGAUCAUGAUCACGAAGAAAUGAUCAGUUUAUUACCAGUUGUUAAAUCGGCACCAGCUGAAUGCGGUUGGAAUGACUGCAAUGAGGAAAUUGAUGUUAGUGAUGAAGACAACGAAUUUGAAAUGUUGUCUAAAGCUGGCAGUUCACAUUCAAAACAAGAACUUGAUUUGUCUCCUCAAAAGAUUGUUGAUAUGUUUGGUGAUCGAUUGUCAGGUCAUUCAACAAGAACAAAAGUAGUUAAUCAUGAUAAAGUAGAUACAAAAGUUGAACAACAACAACAAAUGGUCAUAUCAAUAAGCAAUCUAAAUGCUGAACAAAUAUCAAAAAUUGAACAAUUUCUUCGACAAUUUAAAAUAUCCAGGCCAAUAUCCGAUAUUAUUAAUGAGACAACAACACAUUUGAUAACAGAUGAACUUGAUAUGCAACCAUUAGUCUGUACAUUAACAAAAAAUGUUGUUCGAGCUAUAACACGUCAUCUCAACAUUGUUUGUUAUCGUUGGAUUAUUGAUUGUUUAAGACAUGGACGAAUAAUUGAUUGUGAACAAUAUGAAAUUUGUGGUGAUACAUUGAUUUCAUCUCAACAUAAUGGUCCACGUAUAUCAAGAUUAAAUGAAAACAAUUUAUUGUUUCCUGUUAAUAUUUUCGGUAAAUAUGUUUCGUAUUAUAGGCGAUAAGUGAGAUCAGUUUAGGUUUUUGUAAUUGGUUUUAUACGAGAGAAUACCAUCAAGUGUGCAUACAAAAGUCAUCACUUUCUACUAAAAAUGUAUUUAUGUCUUGACUAACAGUCAUUUUUAACAUCAUGUGAAUUCCAAUAAUUGUACAACAGUUCUUAAAAACAAAGGCAAUCACAUGACGAUGGUGUAUGUGGCGUAAACUGGAUAUAUUUCAUUCACUUUUGGAAUUUUUUCUUUCUCUCACUCACUUGAAAAAUUACUUUCUGAAAUACCUAUUGAGAGAUGAAAACUAGGGUAAGUGAUGUUCAAGAUAAAAAAUAGAUUCUUCCAGUCGUUGUCUGAUGUCCUACGGAAAGAAAUAAAGCUUUUCUUUUUUUCUGCUAUCGAGGUUAUGAACUGAGUGAGAAAGAGUAUGGAAAAUUUGAUGUUUUUAUUAAUUAAACAGUUUAAACAGUUAAUUAAAACGGUUUUAGAAAAAUCAUUCACAAGUAGAGCGUGUUAAAGUCAUAUUAGUUUCACCGAUUUUUAAAAAGUGAGAAAAAUUCAGUCAAUCAAUCAGUUUUAUUUAGUCCAUGAUCUAAAAAAAAUGACAGUGCAAUGACAAAAGUUCAACUAACGAAACGAGGGAACCUCCCGAGGUGAUAAAUCGCUUUGUGAUCGACAUCUAGUGGGUUAUAGGUUAUCGACCAUGCUGAUUCCGAAUAUGACCAUGGGACUUCCCCAUAGCUCUUCGAAGAUCCAGUCUUCUGCAAAACCA